ACAAUAUUAAUCAUCUUCCUUCAUCACACUACCUAACACCGACGUCAAUUAAUAGCUAUCCAAAAAAAUCACACUCGCUUGGAGAUUUAAUCAACGAUCAAUGGCAGCCGCCGUCGGUGCCGUCAGCCGCUUUCCGGUGUAUGUGCAGGUGAAUUUGAAUGGUGCCCCAAGCACAAGCAGCUUCUUGGGGAGCAGGUUGAAGAAGGCAAGCACCUCAAACAGUAGCCCCAAGGCUUGUUCAUCAAGGAAGUUGAGAGUAGUAGCUCAGGACAUUGAUGAGAAGAAACAGACCGAUGGAGAUAGAUGGAAGGGUCUGAUCGAGGAUGCCUCUGAUGACCAACAGGACAUCACCCGAGGAAAGGGUCUUGUAGACACGCUCUUCCAGGCCCCCACCGGAAUGGGCACACACGACGCCGUCCUCAGCUCCUACGAGUACAUCAGCCAGGGCUUCCGCGAGUACAACUUGGACAACAAGUUGGAUGGAUUCUACAUUGCCCCAGCUUUCAUGGACAAACUUGUUGUUCACAUCACCAAAAACUUCAUGACAUUACCUAACAUCAAGAUUCCUCUGAUUCUGGGAAUCUGGGGAGGCAAAGGACAAGGAAAAUCGUUCCAGUGCGAGCUCGUUUUCCGCAAGAUGGGUAUCAACCCGAUCAUGAUGAGCGCGGGAGAGCUGGAGAGCGGGAACGCGGGGGAGCCGGCGAAGCUGAUCCGGCAGCGCUACCGUGAGGCGGCAGACAUCAUAAAGAAGGGGAAGAUGUGCUGCCUUUUCAUCAACGACCUCGACGCCGGGGCGGGGCGGAUGGGCGGAACCACCCAGUACACGGUCAACAACCAGAUGGUUAACGCCACCUUGAUGAACAUCGCCGACAAUCCCACCAACGUGCAACUCCCCGGGAUGUACAACAAGCAGGAGAACCCCCGCGUUCCCAUCAUCGUCACCGGUAAUGACUUUUCCACCCUCUACGCCCCCCUCAUCCGAGACGGCCGCAUGGAGAAGUUCUACUGGGCCCCCACCCGCGAGGACCGCAUCGGCGUCUGCAAGGGCAUCUUCCGCACUGACGGCGUUCCAGACGAGGCUGUCGUUAAGCUCGUCGACACCUUCCCCGGCCAGUCUAUUGACUUCUUCGGGGCAUUGAGGGCCAGAGUGUACGACGACGAGGUGAGGAAGUGGGUGAGUGGAGUUGGGAUAGAGAACAUCGGGAGCAAGCUGGUGAACUCGAGGGAUGGACCGCCUACGUUCGCGCAGCCUAAGAUGACGCUGGAGAAGCUUCUUGAAUACGGUAACAUGCUGGUGCAGGAGCAGGAGAAUGUGAAGAGGGUGCAGUUGGCUGAGACAUACUUGAAAGAUGCGUCUUUGGGAGAGGCCAACAAAGAUUCCAUUGACAGAGGAAUUUUCUACGGCAAGGCUGCUCAGCAGGUGAAUGUUCCGGUGCCGGAAGGGUGCACGGACCCGAGCGCCGCCAACUACGACCCCACGGCCAGAAGUGAUGAUGGGAGCUGCUUGUACAAAGUCUAAGAUGUUUUUGCCAUUCCUUUUUGGGUUGUGGGUUAUAUCAGUAGUUGAAACUGAAAGGUUGUAUAAGUAUAACAAGAACUGAUGCAACUGCUUGGGAAUUUGGGGUGUUAUGUUUGGAUUGAAUACAAUAUUAAUGUUAUACCUA